AUGUCGCUCGUUGUUGGUCUUGUGGAUCUGUUGCCUGCGGUGCAAGGCGACAGUCGAAAAGGCGGCAAGGCGGCAAGGCGGCAAGGCGGCAAGGCGGCAAGGCGGCAAGGCGGCAAGGCGGCAAGCCCUUUGCUAGACCGCAACAACGACGGCGACAGUGACAGCGACACUGACAGCAACAUCGACAGCAACAUUGACAGUAAUAUUGACGAGAACGUCGACAGCUACAGUGACGUCCAGCUACAGCAACGCCCAGCUUACCUGAUGCCAUAUCGCAUUGAAGAGGCCUCGCGAGUCUAG